AUGAUACGUUCGCUAAACACGUUGCUGUUGAUGCUUGGUGUCUUUGUCGCUCUUUCACAUGCUCAAGCAGCUACCAUCGGUUGCGCCGCUGAAGCCAAUUUCCAAGCGUGCAAAUCCAUCCAAGAAAGUCAACUUCGAAGCUGCGGCACAGCCGAUUACACAUGUCAAUGUGCGGCUCAGAAACUGAUCCAGCAGUGCUAUAAUUUAUGCCCCGCUUACAGUAACGACGCGAAUAUGCAGGCCGGCACCGUGAAUAGCAUUUGCUCAGCUAUUCCUACCACUUCCAUUGCUCUUCCCAGCGUGUCGCCAGUAUCCAUUAUUCCUCAACCUUCUUCUGCCGCACCUCAACCUUCCCCUUCCGUCUCGGUGGCUCCAGCAUCCAAUCAAUCCUCUGCGGCUACAACCAUUUCCCCAAUGGCGAGCAUCAAGCAAAUUGUAGCUCUGGGAACGCUCCUCUUGGCAGUCCUUUACAGCACGUUUUAG